GAAGAAACUAUAAAAAACAAAGACAAUUAAAAAAACAAUGCAAAUACAGAGUACAAAUGAGUCUUUGAAAGAUCCUCCUAUGUUCGGCAAUCCGGGAGGGGGUGGGAAGGGAAUACGCCCAAAUCAACACAGCCAGCAACAACAACAACAACAGCAGCAGCAGGGACAACAGCAGCAGCAUCAUCAGCCACAUCAUCAAACACACCAUCAGUCACACCAGCCACAACAGGUCCAAUUACAAACGGCCUCAAUACACCACAGCAAUCAGCAGACGUCUGGGCAGGCGACCGGCGGUACAUCCCACUCCCAUCCACAUCAACUACAGACGGCGGCGCCCCCGCCCCACCAGCAAGCAUAUACGACGCAUCCUCAAGUGCCCUUCUUAUAUCACUAUCCGAUACACCCACAGGCGCUAAGCUCGACAGGUCCACACCAUCCUGGUCAGAGUACAAACAGUAAUGUUGGUGGAGCUCAGUUGGCGCCCUCACCUCCAACACACACAGCCGGCAGUGGUGGCGGCAACGGGGCACAGGGUGGUGGCGGGGCAGGCGGCAAUGGUGCGGGAGCUGUUGCGGCCAACAAUGCGUCAGGCAAUGCCAACACAAAUAUUGGGGCUGGUGUUGGCGGCCGCCAGGGCCAGGGUACACACUACCAGCCGGCGGGUACCAUCAUACAAACGAAUCUGCAGCCGCCCGCUGGCAAUCCUUUCAUGACGCAAUCUUUUCAGGUGCCAAUACCACAGCACAACACAGUAAUGAUGUACAAUGGUGCACUAACAGCUGCAGCGGCGGCGGGUCAGCAUUGUACACCCACAGCCGGUCACACGGGUCCCCUAUACCAGACGGCAACGCAAGCGCAAACAAAUGCAGCCCACCAACAGGCCACGCUUCACGGGCACUACUUUGCUAAUCAAACGGUGGCCGCUCAAGCUCCGACGAGCCUGCACAAUGCCCAGCAAAUACGAAAUAUGACUGUGUUGCCGCAUCAUCGCUUCUACUACAUGCAAAUGCCACCGGGAACCCGCAUCAGUAAUGCCCAUCAACACUCGGCGACAGGUAGCGGCAACUCGACGGUGCAUGUGGGAGCGCCACUACAAAAUACGGGAACACGGGGAGUGUCAGCGGGUCCCUAUGUCCAAUCACAGUACUGUGCACCUCCGCUACAAUUGGGUGCUACAACGGGCUUGGCAACGCAGGCGCCCUCCCUAAUGACUGCCACUGGCAUCAGUGGUCCGCCACUGGCCAAUGCCUAUAGCCAUUUGGCAGGUUCUACGGGUGCACCCGGUACAUCUUCCACACCACUUAAUCUGGCGGCGGGUAGUGGAUCAAUUGGUCUGGCCGCCGCAGCACCUGUGGCCGAUCUGACGAAAAAGCGCAGUAAAGCCGUGCCUAUCAUCGAUCCCGCCACAAUGGAAGAGAUACGAUUCGAACAACAAAAUAAGAGUAGUUCGUCGGCGGCCCUUGAAAUCAAACCUCCGCCAGAGGCUGAGAAUAGGCCGGCGAAAACGACAACAAUAACAAUGACUGCGCCACCACCCGAAACAACAAAAGGUUCUAACGAUAAAACGACAACCGCAACGGCGGCGGCGGCAGCGUCCGCGGCAACAACGACAACAGCAGCAACAACAACACCACAUGAUAACAAAGUGGUGGUGGAAACUUCCGGUGAUGGCGGCACUACACCUGCAUCUGAUGCUGCUGGUAAAGAUAAAAUCGAUCAGCAAAUGCAAACUGAGCCGGCAGCAAAAUCUGCUGCUGCUGUUGAAUCAUCCGUGGUGGUAGAUCCAGUGGCGGCGGCGACGGCCGUACAACCAUCAGUAACUGGCGAAGAGAAUGAUGAUACCGAUGCUGAAACACCAGAAUUGGAACAUGAUGAUGAUGAUGGUGCUGGUGUUGUUCCCGCAACUGUUCCUGAACCAACCAAACAACAAGUGGAGCAAAAGACGAAACAACCAGAAACGACAGCAGCAGCAAUUACAGCAAAGGAUUCCACAGAAACAGAAACAACUACCAAUACCGAUGUAACACCAGUGGCGCAAAUGGAAGAUGACGCCGGUGUAAAGAGCAACAACAACAAACAGCAGCAGCAGCAGCAACCUGUAAAAGGCAAUGUUGUUGUUGUUGAAUAUCAAAUGAAACAGUCAUCCCCAAUAGAAACUAACAAAAACUCCAAUAACAAACAACAACAACACCACCAAUCACAAGGCAAGAUGCCGCCAAGUUCCACCACAACAACACAACAAUCUACGACGACAAAAGAUGCUACAAAUCGAUCAACUGAAGAUCCAACAACAACAGCAAUUCCAAAUAAGAAGAAGGAUGUCGCCACCAGCGAGGAAAUUGUAACAACAACAGCAACAAACAAAGAACUAAACAUUUCUACACAAAAAACCACUACUACAACAGCAGCAACUAGCAAGGACCAACAACAACAAGGAAAAACCACAACAACAACCAAUACUAAAAUGGGAGCCAAUACAACCACUACACCAUCUAUUAGUAACGUAAAGAAGGGUGAAGCUACUUCGAAGGCAAGUAACAACAAUCCUAGCGCCGCCGUCACCGCCCCCGCUGCUGUUGCAGCUACGGCCGCCACCAAUGCUCUUGAUGCAGCCAACAAUGAUGAUUCCUUUAUUACUCAACAACAACAACAUCAACAACGUACCAAAGAUCAAAAUCAAAAGAAGUCGCAACAACAAAGGCCCCAACAUGAGCGCAGCAAUUCAACCGCCUCGAAUGCCAGCAGCAGCAAUAAUAAUAAAUCCUCCUCAGUUCCAUCAACCAAUAACAACAACAGCAAACAGGCGCCCCAAAGGCAGCAAUCAUCAUCAACAGCAGCAGCAGUAGCAACUAAGGAACCUCAAACUACUAGCACCACCACAGCUGCUGCCAGUACUACUAAUAAUAACAACAAUGUUGAUAAUUCCAAGACAACAGGUGUAGAAACUAAAGAUAAUGACAAACCCACUGCAGCUGCCGCCGUCCCCACGACCACCGGCAAACAUGUCAAAUCCCAAGAAAUUGUUGAACAAUUUAUACAACCCUCAGUGGCAGCUAAAUCGUCUGCUGCUGCUCCUGCCGCUGACACCAAGGGAGAAACCGAACAAAUUCAAUUCCUAAAUAGUUCCUCAUCGGCUUGUGAAGAAGAGGUGGUGAAGAAGCUCACUGAGACCAGCACUAAAUCGAUAACCGAUAAUGAAGCUACUGCCAUUAAAGAUGUACGUUUCGGUGACUUUAAAGAUGAUGAGAAGGUUAAAGAAGCCACCGUCGCCACCAAACCCACGGCUAGCUCUAAGACUGAAACAACAGCAGCUAAUACCAGCAGUGGUGCAGCCGCCGCUGCCACUCCUGCUGCUGCUGCUGCUGACAGCAAAACUCCAGAUAUGGUUGACAGCACCAACACUCAAUCCCAUGCUCGACCAGCUGUUGCUGCCGCAGCCUCAACCACGACCUCAAAAUCGGCCGCGAAAAUUUUACAUGUGGCACCAUCCAUACAGAAACACCCAAAAACUGGCAAAAGUCUAUAUCGUUAUUCUUUGGAUGAACUGAAACAAUUGGCCAAAUCCGAAGAAUCCCAGAAACUGCCAGUGGUGCCUUGUCAAAAGGGUGGAUGUAUAGCCGCUCUGUUUGUCUCCCGACCCAAUAAUCAAAAUCUGCCUCAUAUGCAACAACAAUAUCAACAUAUGAACUUUAACGAAUCUAUGGAUUUGGUGUCGGGCAAACGUGGUGGUCGCCCUCAGCGUAAACAUGAUCACAAUAUGACCGGAUCGUGUGGCAAUAUUGCCGGUGCCGGUGGUCCACCCGGUCCCGGUGGCAGUAUGGUUGGUACAACCGGUGGCAGUGUCAGUGUAACGGGUACCUCAUUUGCCCGGCCACGUAUGAUUCGUGUCAACCUCUCGUUGAACGAAGAAAUCAAAUUGAAUGAAAGUGAAAAUGCCUGGAAACCGGAAACGCUGCGUAAGAAGACUGGUGGUGGUGCCGGCAGCAAUUCGGAUUCAUCCAAUAAUCUUAAUGAUAACAUUGAAGCUGUGCUCAAGAAAGUACGUGGUGUACUGAAUAAAUUGACACCCGAAAACUUUGAAGUACUGCUGAAGACAAUGGUCUCCAUUUCAUUGGAUACAACGGAAAAAAUGCAACAAGUGAUGUUGUUGAUCUUUGAGAAAACCAUUAGUGAACCCAACUUUGCACCAACCUAUGCCAAAUUCUGCAAAGUUCUCUUCCAAGAAGUCAAACCGGAAAGUAAACAACUUUUCAAUACGCUCCUGAUCAAACGUAUUCAAACGGAAUUCGAAACGAACGUGAACAAUGCCGAUGCCAAGAAUGAAAAACUAAAACCAUUGAUCGAAAAACUUGAAGCCUGUACCGAUCCCAAGGAACGCCAAGAACUCCAGGCCGAGCUCGAAGACCAAGAAUAUCAAUUUAGACGUCGUGCCUGGGGUACCGUACGUUUUAUCGGUGAAAUGUUCAAAUUGCAAUCGUUGACCGGCGAUCGUGUCAUGAUGUGUAUCGAGUCAUUGCUGGAACACGGCAGCGAAGAAAAACUCGAAUAUAUGUGCAAGCUAAUGACCACUGUCGGUCAUCUGUUGGAGGCCAAAUAUUCGGCGGAGAAGAAUAUUACUCGCAUGGAUCGGGUAUUCAAUCGAAUCAACGACAUCAUCAAACAGAGCCGAUCGCAGAAGGAUAAUCACAAUAAGAUUAGCAGUCGUGUGCGUUUCAUGAUGCAGGAUGUGGUCGAUUUGAGGGCACGUCGUUGGGAUCAGACCUCAUCGCCAAGCACCGCACAAAGUGGACCGGCCAGUGUGAGUAGUGGCGGCAGCAGCAGCAUGUCCGGCAACAGUGGCUCACAACAUCAGAAUCGUCGUGGCAAUCGUGACGAUAAAAACAGCCGCAACAAUUACGACCGUGGUGGCAGCUCUCAGCGUAUGGGUGGUGGUGGCCGUGGUGAUUACGGCAACAACAAUCAAGGCCGUCGCAUGGACAACCGUGACAACUACUACAACAAGAACUCACAAAAGGGGCAAUACCAGCAAGAUCAAAGUCUGGACUUUAAGAAACUGAACUUCUCACGCGGCCUCGAAUCGGAAUCGUCAACCAAGCUGGGCAACAGUUCGCUGUUUAUGUGGCGCACCACCGGCCGCAGCCAGCAAGGUGGCCUCCUGCAGAAUGCCACAGCUCCACCAUUCGGAGGCAGUGGUAUGUCAUCGUCCGGCUCCCAGCAUUACAGUGGCUCCAGCAGCCAAUCCAACUCGGCCAACAACACAAUGAAGCGGCCAACCAAUCCCUUCCAGGUGUUGUCCACGCGCGAAUCCGACAACGAUCGUCAUCAAAACAGCGAUGUAGAACGGCCAUCGGCCUCGCAUACCUCCGCAAGCAGUAGCAGCAACGAAGGCUCCGACGACGAGGAUGAGAAAUCCGUUGUCAGCUACUCGGCCACCGAGGUGCGCAAGACGAUCAAUCUACUGGUCGAAGAGUACCUAGAAUGUGAUCAUAGCAACAGCUUUGCUUGGCAGGCCGUUGUCCUGGACAAAUGGCGUUCCCACACGCUGAAACAACACAUGGAAUUGCUGCACUGCCUGCUGAUGGACUACCUGCAUUUGCGUGAUGUCUCCCGCGACCAUCGGGCUGCGGCGGCUGCCAUUUUCUCCUACCUGCUGAAAACCAAGUCAUUCGACAAGAAGACCUUUGGCCGGGCCUACGAUCAGUUCGCCGAGGAAUUUGCCGAUGUGUUGGUCGAUGUGCCAAACGGCUGGACCUAUGUGUUUGAGUUUUUGGGCCCGCUGCUGUACGACGGUAUGCUGACGUUCAACGAUGUGUGGCGCUCCGACUGGAAGGAUGAUUUCCAUUUCACACAGAAGUUUGUCAAGGCGUUGAUUGUGUACUUCACCAAAGAAUUCGGCACGAAUUAUGUGCGCGACGUGUGGCACAAAGAAUUCAAAUUGGAUCGCGGUCAGAUCUUCACCAGCGACCAAAAGAAAUGGCAGGACUUUAUCAGCUCCAAUCAACUGCAGUACAUUUACGAUGCGAACGUGAAGCCGCCCAGCGACUAUACCAGUUGCGCCGGUCUCACUGUGGACAAGAAAGUCAAGCGAUUGGCGACACUGCUCAAGGGCCAGCGGGACAAUUGCGAUUUAGCCAUAGAUUAUAUCAAUACUAAUGUAAAUAUUAAUGACGAAUUUUUAAGACAAUUUGCACGUUUCCUCUGCUGUGAUUAUGCCACUGUGCUGGCGGCGACGACGAGUAGCAGUAGUAGUACAAAGAAAGAUAGCAGCAGUAGUGCGAAAACACCACAAGUCAAUGCUGAGAAAUUCCGCAAAAUCUGUGUACCGAUGUUGCGUUUGUGCAUCGAUGCUCAGGAGAAAUAUGAAUUGGCGUGUUUGGAUGCCGUACACGAUGGUUUGCAGUAUGAGUAUUCAGAUUAUGCGGCUGUCGAUGAUAUAACCUGCAAUAUCUUUGAUUUAUUAUACGAUUCAGAGGUGAUACCCAAGGAAUCGCUGGACAAAUGGUAUAGACAACGUAUAGCGAGUAGUAGUAGUGGUGGUAGUGAGGCGUCUAAAUCAAAAUCACGUCAACAACAACAACAACUGAGUGCUAAAUUCCAGGCCUAUUUACAAAAAAUGCUUUAA